ACUAAUUCAAACUAGUAAUAGUUUUUCCCUUGGUUAGGACGGUGCUAACUAUUGUACAAUUAGCACCGUAACCGCUCCCAUAUUCGUACAUAUUUGAGUUUAGGGGAAAAAAAGCAAGUGACGUCUUCAAUGGACUGUAUUGGUGUUGAAAUCCCGGCCCGUAUGGUUGUCGAACGGCCCAAUUCAGUCCAAUCCAAACCCGAUGUCCCGCGUCUCCUCUUCUCUUAUCUCUCUCCCGGUGAAAGCUUACUGGCUUCUCCGACACCACGACGAAUGGACUAGACUUAGCUGCCACAAUCCCAUUACUUUCGUCCUCCUCGGCUUCCGUUUCAGAAACACCAUCAUGGCGGGAAGCACCGCCUUCACUUUCGCCUCCUCAAAUGCCGUUUUCCGCUCUUCAUUAUCUUCGUCGCUUUCCUUCUCCACGAACCCUUUCAUCAUUCCCAUGAGGGUUUCCCGCAGAACUCCUUCCCGCUCCAGUUUCCCAAAGAUUUACGCUAUAACUAGCAAUGAUAUCAAAGUGGGUACCCAGCUUGAAGUUGACGGAGCUCCAUGGAAAGUCUUAGAGUUCCUUCAUGUGAAACCCGGGAAAGGGGCGGCAUUCGUCAGGACCAAAAUGCGGAAUUAUAUAACGGGAAACACCGUCGAGAAAACUUUUCGGGCUGGAAGUCCGAUGGAAGAGGCAAAUGUAUUCAAGGAAACAAAGCAGUAUACUUAUAAAGAUGGAGCUCAGUAUGUAUUCAUGGACCUGACCACAUAUGAAGAAUCCCGGCUGAGCGAAUCAGAUCUUGGAGAAAAGACCAAGUGGCUGAAAGAGGGAAUGGACUGCAAUUUGAUAUUCUGGAAAGGGAAGGUAAUUGAUUUUGAUCUUCCAAUCACGGUAAAGCUAGCGGUUGUUGAUGUUGAUCCUGGUCUUAAAGGUGACACUGCUCAAGGUGGAACUAAACCGGCAACACUCGAUACAGGUGCCGUGGUGAACGUUCCGCUCUUUGUCAACAUUGGUGACGAGAUACUGGUGGACACAAGAACUGGGCAGUACAUGAGCAGGGCGUAAAAUUGAGAGUUUUCUUGCGGAGCGGUUUAGAUAAGA